AUCAAAUGUGAAUGUGCUCAAAUCUCAUUUUUUCCCUCGUUUUAAAUUUUUUCAAAGUCGAUGUCUUGAAAAAUUAUGGAAAAUGCCAACUUAUCACAAACUUGGAAAACUCCAGAUGAAGUCUUAAAAUUGCAUAGACUCAAGAAAAAGAAAGAUGCUCUUGCAGCAAGGGUUAGUAAUGUUAAAAUUGAGCAGGAUAAAGAUGUGAUAAAGGAAGCUUUAUUAGAAGCAGUUGUGGCCCAAAAAAGAAAGAAUCCAUUUGCGAAAGGUAAUGACCACUCAAGAAAAAUUCAAAAAACCAUAUCUUCAGAUGAAAUUUUGAAUUCGGAAGACACAAUUUUUCAGUUAAUUAACCCAACGGCAAGCUUUGAAAGCAAUAAAGAUAAUACUAAAGGAGUAAAGAGCUCAAAACCACAGCCUUUCGAUAUAAAAACUUUUGCUAAUUUAUUUAAUGAAACUGUUGAACCUGAAACAGACGAUAAUGAAAGGUCGGGAGAAAGAUUACCCAUUGAUUGGGGAUUAAAAUUACGAAUGCGCAUAUUGUGUGAAACGGAUUUACCAGGAAGCAAUCUUAAGUCUAAUCAAGAAGCGAGUGGAAUAACUGGAUUCGUCAGAUGUAUAAAUCGAAAACAUGAUAUCGAGAACUCUAGCCUUGAUAUAUCAUUGGGUGCUAGAUUUCAUCAAGGUUUACAUUAUUGGCAACAUCCAACAUUACCUUGGCUAACUCUUUUUCCUCGUAAUGCAAAGGAGAACAGUGGUUUUCAAAUAAAAGAAAAAGAGCGUAAUUUUUUAACAAAAGAUUGGUCGGAUAGUUUUCGAGGAGUUUUUCAAUUAUUGAGAGCAAGACAGUGUCCAUAUUUUUAUUUAUGUGCUAAUCAAUUCACAGUCUUAUUCAGAUCUGCUGGAAUAGGUGGACGAGCAGAGAUGCACGCUAUCAUGUCUCCUACGACAAGAGGAAUGCGAAAUGCUUUACGGCAAGAGGAAAUAGAAUUUUCGAUGCCAUUAAAGAAAGAUAAUAACCUUAAUAAAUCAAAUGAAGAGAAUAGCAAAAUAUCUGAAAAUUCAAAUAAUAGUAAUAAUCAAGAAAAUCAAAAUGAUAGUACAAGAAAUAUUUCUAGUGAUGAUGAUAUGGAAGAAGAAAAAUGGUUAGAAGAUUUAGGUGUCGGAGAAAGUGAAAUUAGAAAAAUCAAUACAGUACACGUGAAACGACAAUUUAGUAAGGAAGUUUCUGAUGAUUUCAGUGAUAUUUCUGCAGUUUUGAUAGAAGGUAUAGAAUGUCAAGCUUUGUUUAAUUUCUUACUAAACUCCAAAAGUUCAAUAGCCAAUGUUGGACGUUUAGCUGGUAUUCCACCUACUCUAUUAUCACCGGUUGCAUUCCCAAAAGCGUCCAUGCAAAGUCUUACUGUACGAUCUAGUAAAGUGAGAAAUGAUGGAAAAGAAUAUUUUAGCGCAGAAAUCAAGGGGAUUAUUCUUCCUAGCGUUUUACCAUAUAUGACGUUUUUGCUAAGCGAAACAAAAAAUGCAUUUAGCGUUACUUUAACAGGACCUCCAAGCACUUUAGGCUUAACGAAAGUUGCCAAAAAGCUAAUCCAAGAGGAGGGAAUAACAGUGUCGGACCAAGUUUUUGGGAAAGAAAAUUUGUCUGAUUGUGGUUUGCAAGAAGAAAUUCUUGAUUUAAUGUGUAAUGUUCAAAGUGAUUCAGUUAGUUUAAUUGAAAGAAUUUGCUUUAGUAAAGGUGUAGGUUUCAUUUGGAGCUGAUAAUUAAAUUAAUCUUAUAUUUAUAUAAUUAAUUAGGUUAUUUUCAUUAACUGAAUAUACACAUAUACAUAAUAUAUAAAUUUUAUUGAAUAUAUUUAAAUUUUUUUUUUAAAUCUAAUGUAUUUUAAUGGUCGACA